UGUCUAAUGACAGCUGACAAGUUGAUAAGGCAGCUGACGCCUUCCAAACCUCGAGACAUUUAAAAAUAUUUGAGGUUAUAAAAUGGCGGAUCUAAACAGAGAGUUAAGUGAAUAUUUACUAAGCAACAAAAAUGAAAAACAGUACAAAUUAACAAUCCCAACGGUGACGAUACCGAAGCCUUCACUAGGAAGAUGGUUCGGAAGAUCAUCAUCAACUCAAGAAAGCACUGAAGAGUCAGGAUGGUUCCAAGACACCCAGCGAAGCUGCUGUCCCAGUAUGACAAGGUUCCAGCGGUUAACUGGCUUUGCGAUGUGCUUAUUUAUGGGGGUGCUCUGCUUCUCGAUAUCAGCGAUUUAUGUGCCAGUGUUGCUCCUAAAAGCGCGUAAAUUUGCUCUGUUAUAUUCUUUAGGCAGUGUAUUUUUUUUAAUGAGUUUUUGUUUCCUGUGGGGACCAGUCAGCUACCUUAAAUCUUUAUUCACCUUAGAGAAACGUUGCUUCACAUUAUCAUACUUCCUGACUCUCGCAGGAACUCUGUACUUUGCUCUGCAUCUCCAAUCAACGCCUCUGACAGUCCUCUGCGCGGUACUUCAGAUCAUAGCCCUGCUGUCGUUCCUCGUGAGCCACAUUCCUGGAGGUACUACGGGGCUGAUGUUCUUCGGGAGGAUGUUCAAGUCCUCUGUCAAGCCGACUUUGCCUAUCUGAGCCGCCAUAUCAAAUAAAAUUAUUUUAAUUAUUUAUUAAUCAUUAAUCAUACUGAAAAUACUAGACUUUACAUUAAUUUAAUUA